AUGCUGGGAAAGACGAGGAAGGUUUCGGCGCGGGGCGAGGCCGUGGCAGCGAACUGCGCGUUUGGUCCGGCGGAAGAUGACGUAAUCAUCAAACACCGUCUUCUCACGCGCACCACGACCACCAGGGGCGACCCUCCCUUGAAGAAGCUCCAGAAGAAGUUUACCUCGUUCGUCUCCGAGGUUGAUAAAGAUGAAGACAACUACAACGACUGCGAAAAACUCGCCAGAGCCUUCUUGCAGGAGAUGACGACCUUCGAGAUUCCGCUUCUGAAGAGCAAGGCGAUUGUGGAGGCCAAUGUAAGGGAAAAGGAAAAUUUCAACGAGUUAAAGGAGGAGAUGAAUCGCCAGAUCCUGCAGGCGCAGGCCGACAUUGAGGAUCUCAAGAAGCAGCUCGAGGAGAGCAAGGUUGAGAGGCGGCACAAGGAGGAGUGCGAGGCUAUUAGGAAGUUGAUUGCGCUGCAGCCGCCGAGGUCAGAGACAAUGAAGGUUAUUUCGGAGUUAGAGAAGGAAAUUGCGUCUCUGGACGCGGAGAACACGGCUGGUGCGAGGUUGUUGGAGCUCAGGAAGAAGCAAUUUGCAUUGUUGUUACAUGUGGUGGAUGAGUUGCAAAACACAAUUGAGGAAGAGCAGAAGAGCCUUGUUGAGGAGAUGAGAAUGGCAACGGAGGAGCUUAAGAACGGGCUGGAGGACACAAGUGGGGCGGAAGCAAUGGCAAUUGACCAUUCAUAA